AUGUCUCUGUCUAUGCUUAGCGCGCUGAUCAAAAUUAAGUUGAUCAUUUAUUGCUUUAAGAGACUGCUACUGUUUAACAAGUACAAACACAUUCAGCUAGAGAAAAACAAGAAGAGAAAGAAACAUAAAUUACAACAAGGAGCACAAGGGGAUGCCCUUGCAGAAAUUGGCUCAACUGAUGCAAUUGUAAAAAAAAACCUCCAAACGAAAACGAUUUAUUUUAUUAGACAUAGUGAGUCAGUAUGGAACAGUAUGUUUAACAGAAAAAUAACAACCAAAAAUUUUUUAAAACUUUUUCUUAUGUUCUUUUACGAAGUAUUUUUUUUAUUUAGUAAAAAGACCAGGCUAAUUGACUCUCCAUUGAGUAAAACUGGUAUACAGGAGUCCGUUGAAUUAUCCAAAUUUUUAAAGAGCAGCAUAGAUGAUAAUGAAAAUACAAACUUUUGUAUACACGAAGGAAUUAAGCAAUUGGAAUACAUUGAUAAAGCCACAAAGGAGAUGGAUGCCUUCUAUUCUAAGCUAUGUGAUGGAACAUAUGACGCAGUUACUGCGGAAGAAAAAAGCUACGUCAGUAUUUGUGAUGAUUUUUAUUAUAGGACCACUGAAGAACAAAAAGAUUAUGCAAUGAUUUGUGAUGGAAUUGAAGAGCUGUCUGAGUUAGAACGGCACUUUAAUGAUAUUUGUGAGGGGUACUUUGAUGGGUUACUAUACAAAGGGGCUAAGUUCGUGCCUCGUCGUAUUGCAGGAGAUGAUGGUUAUGAAUCGUCCGGCGAUGAUGAUGAUGAUGACGAUAGCGAUGACGAAGAUGACGUAGAUGUAAAACAAUUCCAAGAUGAUGAACCACAAAAUGAUGUACAGCAGCAAACUAAAGAGAAACAUAUAACAGAUAAGACGGAUACAGGAAGUCAGUCCCAAGAGAAAUGCAAAAAGACCAAGGGGAAAAAACACAAAUCGGUACCUUCCAAAGCCGACACUUCCAAAACUGACACUUCCAAAACCGACACUUCCAAAACCGACACCUCCAAAAAUGCCCAAGUCGCAGAUGCAUCAAAAGCGCCUACACUUAAUGAAGAUACUAAAUCCAAGAAGAGCUCAUUUAAAUUCGGGCGAAGGAAAAAUGCCAAAAAAAAAGUCUCCCAUUCUACAGAUUCCGAACCCAAAGGUGUCAAAAGUGGUCAUAAGGAAAUUGCACAAGCUGAAAAAUCUGCUAGUAGAGGUUCCAGAUUUGGAAGAUCUCGCAAAAAAGGAUCCAGAGGUUCUGACACUCCUAUGUCGAGUUUAGAAGAAAAAGCAACAAGCACCUCUAGCACCGCAGACACCACAGAAGGAAGUAAAGAUGACAAUACACAACACAUUCCGAAGCAAAAACCAGAUAACUUAAGAAGUGUGUCCAUUGAGACUAAUCUGCAUCCUGGCACCAGUACCCCUAUUAAGGAAGAUGAAGACAUGCUUGAGAGUUCACUAUGUGUAAGUAGUAUUGGAAGUGAAUUUAAGGAAACAGAUGGCGCAAACAAUCAUGAUGAAGAACAAGAAAAACAAGAAGAAGAAGUAUCGGACAACAUGGAUACCUUCGGAAGUGUUGAUAAUAUAGCAAUCGAAGAUCUUGAAGAACAAUACAAAUCAGAAAAUAUACUUAGUAUGACUGUAAAAGAACAUGUAGAUAUUCUUAAUAACAAGAAAUAUAACAGUGUUGUGUUAUGUUCAGAUUUAAGAAGAGCCAUUAUAAGUUGUUUCAUUGCCAUGCAGGAUCGAUUCGCUACAUCUAAAGAAAACGUGUAUAUGCUAAAAUCACUACAGGAACUUAGUAGAAAUGUAGAUUCUAUUACUUUGUUCAAUUUCUACCAUAAGUAUGUUACACCCACGAAGAAGAAUUACGUCAGUGAAGAUGUUAAUACUAUGAUUAAGCAGCAAGUUAAAAUGACCGAAACAACACACGGGCGUAGAUUCCAGGAUACACUCUCGUAUAUAUUUAGUGAUACAAACAAUAUCUUUAUCAUUUUUGGUCACAGUUUGUGGUUCUUAAGUUUCUUUCGAAGCUUUUUAAAACCACCACACACGGCAAGAAAUCACAAAAUGAGAAAUUCCGCUGUUGUCGUAUUUAACCUCAGUAAAUAUGAAGAUGAAAAAGGAAAGGAGCAAUAUGAAAUCGACCCAGAUAGUGUUACGGUUAUUUUCAAGGGUUUCGAGAAAAAAGCUUGCAAUAAAGACUAA